GCGGGGCGGGACGUCCGGGGAGUGCGCACGCAUCCGGCCCGCGGCGCGCGCGCAGGUCGGUGCGUCGGUCGGGGGCGCGCUCGGGUACCUGUACCCCACGUAGUCGCCGGUUACCGAUCGGACUAAGUUCCAGUGGUGAUUUACAAGUCAAGUUAAAAUGUCCCCAGAAGUGGCCUUGAACCGAAUUUCUCCAAUGCUCUCCCCUUUCAUAUCUAGUGUGGUCCGGAAUGGAAAAGUGGGACUGGAUGCUACAAACUGUUUGAGGAUAACUGACUUGAAAUCUGGCUGCACAUCAUUGACUCCUGGGCCCAACUGUGACCGAUUUAAAUUGCACAUACCAUAUGCUGGAGAGACAUUAAAAUGGGAUAUCAUUUUCAAUGCCCAAUACCCAGAGCUGCCUCCUGAUUUUAUCUUUGGAGAGGAUGCUGAAUUCCUGCCAGACCCCUCAGCUUUGCAGAAUCUUGCCUCCUGGAAUCCUUCAAAUCCUGAAUGUCUCUUACUUGUGGUGAAGGAACUUGUGCAACAGUAUCACCAGUUCCAAUGUAGCCGCCUUCGGGAGAGCUCCCGCCUCAUGUUUGAAUACCAGACAUUACUGGAAGAGCCACAAUAUGGAGAGAACAUGGAAAUUUAUGCUGGGAAAAAAAACAACUGGACUGGUGAAUUUUCAGCUCGUUUUCUUUUGAAGUUGCCAGUGGAUUUCAGCAAUAUCCCCACAUAUCUCCUCAAGGAUGUAAAUGAAGACCCUGGAGAAGAUGUGGCCCUCCUCUCUGUUAGUUUUGAGGACACUGAAGCCACCCAGGUGUACCCCAAGCUGUACUUGUCACCUCGAAUUGAACAUGCACUUGGAGGCUCCUCAGCUCUUCAUAUCCCAGCCUUUCCAGGAGGAGGAUGUCUCAUUGAUUACGUUCCUCAAGUAUGCCACCUGCUCACCAACAAGGUGCAGUACGUGAUUCAAGGGUAUCACAAAAGAAGAGAAUAUAUUGCUGCUUUCCUCAGUCACUUUGGCACAGGUGUCGUGGAAUAUGAUGCAGAAGGCUUUACAAAACUCACUCUGCUGCUGAUGUGGAAAGAUUUUUGUUUUCUUGUACACAUUGACCUGCCUCUGUUUUUUCCUCGAGACCAGCCAACGCUCACAUUUCAGUCCGUCUAUCACUUUACCAACAGUGGACAGCUUUACUCCCAGGCCCAAAAAAAUUAUCCGUACAGCCCCAGAUGGGAUGGAAAUGAAAUGGCCAAAAGAGCAAAAUCGUUCGGCACAAGGGCCACCUGUGAAAAUGAAGUAGAUUCAUGCCUUAUUGAAAUAGAGGAUUUACAGAGGUGAGCAAAAAUGGGAAGCAGGUACCAUACAGCUCACUAUGUACAGAACAUGCACAAAGCACUGGAGACUACCACAUACACAUAUUUUGAAGAGUCCCAACUCAAAGCCUGCUGACUGAUUGAUGGAAUGGUCUAUCACUCCCUGAGAUUCCAUUCUGACAAUGAGGCCACACAUGGCAUUAACUACUCAGAUGACUGAGUACAGCUCAGAAUUGCAAAGUUGGAAGCCAUGUAGUUCUUCCAAAAAUUAAAAACAAAAUUUAGAAAACUCACUGGGGCAGUUACCUCUACUCCACUGUCCUACAAAACCCACAGCCAACAGCAGAGGAAAGUUGGAAGCCAUGUAGUUCUUCCAAAAAUUAAAAACAAAAUUUAGAAAACUCACUGGGGCAGUUACCUCUACUCCACUGUCCUACAAAACCCACAGCCAACAGCAGAGGUAAGUUGGAUGACUCAAGCAGGAAUGCAUUCUAGGAAGGUAAGUGUGACAGUGGGGGCCAGUCACAGAACAUGGAACAUGGAAGGAACUUUAGAGAUCAUCUAGUACUAUCCUGCAUCAGUACGGCCAGGUCUAAUUAUGGUAAGCAUUAACCAUUGUGAUAGAAAUUCAGUGAAAUAAUUGAUAUAGACCUUUAAGCAGAGUGAUUGGCAUAGAGUUGAUUUUCAGUUCAUCAUUUUCAUUUCCUGGAAGAAUUUGUGCAAGGCAUACAGUACCAAGAUUAGAACCCUGUGUGCCUGAUUACUGGUCCAAAGCCCAGCCCAAGCCACUCUGACCUCCUACCUUUCCCUCUUUCCUGCUCCCUUGCUCACAGGAGCAGCACAGAGAAGUCAAGGGCAGGAGUAUAGCAUGCCUGCACCAUGUGUCCAUCCACCUACCCAUGGAGCAGUGGGACAUGGGUGCCUUCUUCCUAGCGGCUCAUCCAGAGGCUGAAGCCCUCUGUGCCCAUGGGGAAAACCCAGGGCAUUUGUGAGCAGAAAUAGCUCUGCUGAGAGUCUAAAAACCAAGUACUUUUAAGAGAAGGUAAAAUGCUCCUGUGGCCAAACUUACUACUAGCAUCUGUGGGCAAAAGAGAAGGAGUUUUGUGAUGGAACAGGCCAAAGGAAAGACACCACUUUACUGCUGCCUCCAAAGCAGCAGGGAGGCUACACAUGGAGAAGAGGACAGAAAAUUCCAGUGACUCUUAUCUUCCCAGACAGACAGAACCUCUGGCACUUAGUCAUGCCUAAUGGAAAAUCAAAGCCAAGAAAGCAGAAGUGAGGUAGGGUGAGCUAGGGUAGUCUGCAAUCCAAAGUCACUUAUGAAGAAAAAAAAUAGUUUGUCUCCUUGUAUACCAUGGGUGGGCAGGGCUAAAUUGCCAGGUAGCAGCGGCAACUGGUAAGCCUAUAGUUUCUGUGUAGCUGCAGUUAAGUUACUGCUAAAUCCCUUUAGCAAACAUGUAAGAGCUCACUAUAUACAGAAUAUAUACAAAGCACUGAAGACUAACACCACACACACACACACACACACACAUUUUAAAGAGCACCAACUCAAAGCCGCUGAUUGAUUUCUGGAAUGGUUCAUCACUGCUUGAGAUUCCAUUCUGACAGCAAGGCUGUCCAUGGCAUUAACUGCUCAGCAGACUGAGUGCAGUCCGAAUUGCAAAGUGGGAAGCUAUGUAGUUCUUCUAACAAUCAAAAUCAAAAUGUAGAAAAGCCCAAUUUUGCAUUAUUGAUCACUUGGGGGACUGGAUAAUCCUUAAACUGUCAUUGUUCCAGGUAUCCGGAAAAGUGAGCAUUAUAGGAACAUACAUAUAAAGGCAAGACCACAUACUUCCUCCUGAUCACUCUAUGGACAAUAACAAUGUUUAAAUGUAUUGAAUAAUUACACCAGCAUAGCUCUAAGUGCUUUAUAUUUUUUAAUUUCUGUAAUUGUCAUAACAACCCUAUGAGCUAGGUACUGCUAUUACACCUAUUUUACAGAUCAUGAAACUGAGGCCCUGCAAAAUGAAGUGACCUGUGCAAGGUCACAGAGUAGCUUAGUGUAGGAACUGAGCAUAUACCAUGGCUUUCCCAACUUGUAGACUGGUUUUCAUACUGCACCACCUCUUUUCCUCAGAUUAAUGGUCUGAGUUAUCCCAAAUUCACCAGGCAGCUGAGCUAAGCCUCUGUUUAGAACUGCAGGGUCUAAGCUGUUUGCCUUGGUUGACGCUCAGGUUUGGCAUGCCCAGUGUGGAUUUGUAGUGGCAAACAUGUGAUUAUAUUUUUCCCAGAUCACUAAAGCUAGAUCACUUUUCCCAUUCAUUCAUUCAUUCAGCAAAUGAUUAUUGAAUUUAUACUAGGUGUUAGGUACAAUGUUAAGUGAUGUACAGGAUACAGUCCCGGCUUUCAGUGAACUUGAGGAGGGAUGAGAAUUGCACAUAAGUUAUUCUCUUUAAGGCAGCAUUGUGCAGGGAAAGAGCACUAGGAGUCAAGGAAAGGAGAUUAUAUCUGUUUCCUGAGACCUAGGAAGCUGAAAUUGGAGUCUGGGUAGGAUUUGCUGUGCACAGAUGGAGGGCAGGACACUCCUCCAGAGGAAACAGAGUGCACAAAGGCCCAGAAGGUGGAAAGCAUGGGGAUUCCAGGAGGUAAGCCAGUGUCCAUUGAAGACGGGAGCAGUAGGGGAAGGGAGGGA